AUGGAAGGCAGUAAGAUCCCCAAUGUUGAUGAGCCUAAUGUCGAAGCUGAGUUGGCCCCUCCUUCUUUAGCCAACGAGCAUCCUAAUGUCGAAACUGAGUUGGCUCCUCCUUCUUUAGCCAACGAGCAUCCUAAUGUCGAAGCUGAGUUGGCCCCUCCUUCUUUAGCCAACGAGCAUCCUAAUGUCGAAGCUGAGUUGGCUCCUCCUUCUUUAGCCAACGAGCAUCCUAAUGUCGAAGCUGAGUUGGCUCCUCCUUCUUUAGCCAACGAGCAUGAUGAGCCAUCUGAAGUCCUUAACAUCGUAGACGGGCUCAGCAACUUGAACCUGGGGAAAGAAGAGAUCCAGCUUCCGACCAUAGUCUUGGUCGGAGACCACGGUUAUGGGAUGUCUAGUGUUCUCGAGUCCUUGGCAAGAAUCGGUUUGCCUCGUGGGCAAGGACAAAGCACUAGGUUUCCUCUAGUGGUGAAGCUUCAGAAAAGCUCUAACCCUGUCCCAGAUAUUUGCCUUGAGUAUAAAGGAAAACUUGUUCCUACAGAUGAGGAUCACAUAGCUGAGGCAAUUGGUACUGCUACUGAUGAAAUCGCUGGAUCUGGUAAAGGUGUAUCAGACACUCCCUUAACUCUUCAUGUUAAGAAGGCAGAUGUUCCUGAUCUUACGUUGGUUGAUCUCCCUGGGAUAACCCGGGUUCCUGUGGAUGGACAGCCUAAAAACAUCUCUACAAAGAUCUCCAAGAUGAUUAUGAAGUUCAUCAAGCCAGAAGAAUCCAUCAUCCUCAAUGUUCUGCCAGCGUCAGUUGAUUUCACAACCAGUGAGUCCAUAAGUAUGUCUAAGAAAGUCGACAAAAAUGGGGAAAGGACUUUGGCUGUGGUCCCUAAGUCUGACAUGUCUCCUGAAGGGCUCCUGCAGAAACUUACUGCGGAUGAUGUGAGCAUUGGAGUUGGCUAUGUUUGUGUUAGAAACCGGAUAGGAGAGGAAACAUUUGAAGAAGCUCGCAAGGAAGAAGAGAUACUUUUCAGUACCCAUCCAAUGCUUUCCGUGAUUGACAAGGAUAUCGUAGGCAUUCCUGCUUUAGCUAACAAGCUGAAGCAGAUCCAGGAAGCGAUGAUAUCCCGACAAGCUGCAAAACCACCCCAAUACAAAUCAACCCGGCUGCGAAUUCCAAGCCGCAGAUACUCGCCUGAUUCCUACAUACUCACAUAA